CACAAUAAGUAUAUCACAUCGACCAACCAGCGACACGCGAACGAUGGCGGCUAGUGCGAAGAGAAUUCUUUCUAAAAUUCGACAAACAAAUCAAGCAUCCAAUGGUGAGCUAUGUAUGGUAAAUAGGAACCCACGGAAUUUGGAGCGGUUGAGACUGGCGUAUAAAACAGAUGGCUAUCAUUUAGAGAAACCAGUACGGAACUUUUGGCACAGGCUGGAGAUUACUGCUACUAAUAAAUACGUAACAGCGAAGGUGGUUCACUUUCAAAACGGACCAGUUAUUGAAUGUAGCACGACGGAAUGGGCACUGAAGCGGCAUUUAUAUAAGGGCAAUGAUUUUUCGGCUUACACCAAUCUGGCAAAAGUGUUUGCAGCACGUUGUUUGGAUGCCGGAUUGACGGAAAUGUGGAGUGAUCUGAAACCAAGUGCCGGAGGAAAGGUAGAAUCAUUCUUGCGGACAGUUGAAGAAUGCGGGGUUAAACUCCAAGAGCCAGAACGAAUUCGUCCAUCGUACAGCUGGGACAUGCACCGCCCGGAAAAGCCAUGGGAGAUUACGGAAUAAACUUUCAACAACAAUGAUUAGAUUUUUAGUGAGCUACAUUUUAUUUCGAAUAAAUUGUAACUGCAACAGG